GUCACCGAGACGUAGGGGGACACCAUGGGGCAUGGGGAUCCCGCCGAUAGCCGCGAUCUGACGCAGGCGUUUCGUAACCGAGUUGAUGAAAGGGCGGCUCGGUGGGGAGGGGGUUCCGCUACAUAUACCGCCGUCCCACAACACCCGAAACACACAUUGCUUUUGCGCCACUCGCAAACGUAGCGUUUCAAAUUUUCCCAAAAAAAAAAUCCAUCAAUCCGACAGACGAUUGAAUUCAGUCACUUUGAUCGUGGUCGAAGAGAAUUUUUUUGUGGAAUUAAGUUGAGACGCGUCUCCGGCAGUGAAACAACAAGUGUUUUCAGGCUGAGAUACUGAUAGCCAGAUUCAGAUAUUUUGCGAGUCCGCACACCACCCGUUGAAAUCACCCGAGAAAAUUUCAAUACUAUGGCCGCCGUCGCUGCUGCACAAAAGAACCGCGAGAUGUUCGCCAUCAAGAAGUCGUACAGCAUUGAGAAUGGAUAUCCGGCAAGACGUCGCUCCCUUGUGGACGAUGCCCGUUUUGAGACCCUGGUGGUGAAGCAAACCAAGCAAUCCGUGCUGGACGAAGCCCGUCUCAGGUCUAAUGACUCUAGCUGCGAGCCCGAUAUCGAAUAUGACGACAAGCCCAUGGAAAAAUCUGCCGAACAACAGCAGAAUGAUGACGAUAUUACUCUGACCGAAGAGGAAGUAGUUCUCCAAAAUGCCAUCAGCGAAGGACCGGAGGCUGAGAAGGCCACCCAAAAAGCGGCUUUCAUCCUCCGCCUCCGCGAAGGAAUGAACUCGUUGUCCCGCGUCUUGAAGGCGAUCGAAAAGUACAGCGGAUCCGUCUGCCACUUGGAAACUCGCCCCAACAACAAGGAAAACAACCAAUUGGAUGCCCUCAUCAAAGUUGAAAUGUCUCGCGUCAGCCUCUUGCAAUUGAUCAAGUCUCUGCGUCAAUCCAACUCUUUGGACCAUGUCACCUUGAUCGGAGAAGACAACAUCUCCGCCAAAAACCCGUGGUUCCCGAGACACGCCAGCGAAUUGGAUAACUGCAACCAUCUGAUGACCAAGUAUGAGCCCGACCUUGACAUGAACCAUCCCGGCUUCGCCGACAAGGAAUACAGAGCUAGACGCAAGGAAAUCGCCGAAAUUGCUUUCGCCUACAAAUAUGGUGACCCAGUCCCAUACAUCGAAUACACCGAAACCGAGAACAAGACCUGGAAAUCGGUCUUCAACACCGUGGUCGACUUGAUGCCAAAGCAUGCUUGCGCCGAAUACCAACGAGUCUUCAGGCGUCUGCAAGAGGAGGGCAUCUUCAACCCCGAGCACAUUCCCCAGCUCGAGGAAAUGUCCAACUUCUUGGCCAAGAGCACCGGUUUCACCCUCAGACCGGCCGCCGGCCUUUUGACCGCCCGCGAUUUCCUUGCCUCCUUGGCUUUCCGCAUCUUCCAGAGCACCCAAUACGUCAGACACAUCAACUCCCCCUUCCACACCCCCGAACCUGAUUGCAUCCACGAAAUCCUGGGACACAUGCCCCUGCUUGCCGACCCCAGUUUCGCUCAGUUCUCUCAGGAGAUCGGUCUCGCCUCCCUUGGCGCCUCCGACGAAGAAAUUGAAAAAUUAUCCACUGUCUACUGGUUCACCGUCGAAUUCGGUCUUUGUAAGGAAGACGGUGCCGUAAAAGCCUACGGUGCUGGACUUCUCAGCGCCUACGGAGAACUUCUCCACGCUCUCAGCGACAAGCCGGAGCACAGGGCCUUUGAACCAGCAUCCACCGCUGUGCAACCCUAUCAAGAUCAGGAAUACCAACCCAUCUACUAUGUAGCCGAGAGCUUCGAUGACAUGAAAGACAAAUUCAGACGUUGGGUCUCAUCCAUGUCCAGACCAUUCGAAGUCAGAUUCAACCCACACACCGGAAGAGUCGAGGUGUUGGAUUCGGUUGAAAAGUUGGAGUCCUUGGUACACCAGCUCAACACUGAAGUACUUCAUCUCUCAAAUGCCAUCAACAAGAUGAAGGGGCCAUCACUGUAAAUAUUUUUUCUGUGUCUAUUUUCGGUCAGCGAUCAGCAGCUAUGUGACUGGUGCUGCUCUUCGUCCAAAUCAUCGGCAUCAUAUUGUAUAAAGUCGUCAUUACGUGUAAUAUAUUAAUAAUAUUAUUAUUUGUAGCUUAGGUUAGAUUCUAGAUAAGUGACCAAGUAGAUUUGUGAUCUCACAUUAUACUUGCACUAUCCCUAUCUGCGAUAUGUUAGUAAUUUUUAGAGUGCAUGUCUCCCCCUUGUACCCUUGUAAAUUAUGCAAUGUGAAAAGACAUGUUAACAGUAUUUAAUUAAUUUAUGUAGCACCUGCACGAGAUCAUAAUAUUAUUGUAUAGAUGUAUUAAUUAAAUUAUUAUGUGUAUUAUAAAAGUAGAUCAACAAUAUAAAAUAAACGUGCAAUACAUAAAAA